UAACUACGAAUACGACGGAACAUAACCCAAGUUUGUAAAAAUGGAAUAAACAAUACAUAUUUUUAGUUAUAACGAAAUAUUAAGAUAAAUAGCAUGAGGAAUGUGGAAACACAUUUAUUAGGUGAAAGAAUGGAUGAAGCAGUGACACAUUAUAUAAAUUCCCAUCAACCCUCUGAGCAGGCGGUUCACGUGGAUGCGAAUUCCUUAUCUUUAAACGUCCAAGAAGAUGAAAGUGGGAGAGUGGUUACGGUUAUGCACUCUCAAAAUUUCCCUCAAGUCUGCAGGCAGUUAUCAGUUGGAGAACAGAUGAAUGAUGGGCCGUGGGUGGAGGAACUAUUGGAUGCUCGGCUGGCUGCUAUUGUCGCACAUUUGGCUCAGCCCAGCCGAACUACACAUCAGGGGCAUAAUCCUCAUCACAAGCAAAUACCAAAUACGGUUAGAAGUGAUGUGGACACGUCAGUAAUUCUAGAUGGUUCUAUGAGACUAUUUAAUGGACACCCUUUGGACCAACAACAAGGGUCGAUAGUAGUUGAGGCGCCAGGCCUACCGCCCCUACCACCUUUACAGGAUAUGAAAAGAUGUCCCGAGGGAAGCUGGUUUAAUAAGGACAAAAGUACAUUAAAAGAAAAUGGCGAAAUGUUACCAGAAGACAGUGGAGUUUUGGAAAUGGCGGCGAGCGCCUCUCCCGCACAAAGUAAACAAAGUAAAAAGAGUUUGCCGCACAAGAAGAGAAUAUCUAGGAAAUUGAAGAGGAAUACUGGCAACACUACACCCAAUCAACAGGACAUAGUAGUGAUACACUGUGCAGAGGAUGUUCAGCAAGAGGAAAUUCUACCAGAUAACUUCGUGGACUCUCUGCCGAGACACACCACGGAGCACAUGGCUGAUGCUACUCAUGUACCUCAUAUGCGACCAAUUCUGAUAUGCCAACUGUGCGGAGACUUCUACGGCGAGGAGCAGCUGAAGUUCUACCAGCACCUGAAGCAGCACUACGAGCCGCAGACCUCCAUCAUUAUGGAGAAUCCUGUAGUACCUGAUAUAGGAAUUGAUAAGAUGACAAACACGUGUAUAGUCGAUAACGUAGCCACACUGCCCGAUUCAAUCGUCGAGCUGUCCUUAGAAAACACAGUGCCAAAGACAAUGUACCAGCCCAUAGACAAACACAUCCUCUACACCAACGAGAAAACGCUCUAUAAACAGUACUCUAUGGGCAUAGACAAGGAUGUGGGUGAUCUGGACGACACACUGGACAAACUGGAGCUGUAUUGCUGUGUGAAAUGUAAUAAGUCGUUCAGAAAGCAGAAGCAAUGUGAAGCGCAUAUAAAGGAGGCGCAUUCUACUAAGCUAGAAGACAUGGGCGAGUUCAGCGAGCCGGAGGACCUCAUGGAGGGCAUCCACGUGGCGGUCGACGACCACGACCACGACCACGACCAUGACCACGACCAGAACGACCACGAGGCGGUGGCGGAGCACUAUGAGGUGUUGCCGCACCUCACCGUGGACAAUGGGCACGUGCAUCAGGAGCAUGUUAGGCAUUGGUACUCGCGCAGCGCGGGCGGCAGCCCCGAGCUGUGCGCGUGCGGCGGCGCGGGCUGCUGCGCCGCGUGCGCGCCGCCGCACCAGCGCCACCUCGUCACCAAGGAUGAAGUAAUCCAAAGGAUACUAGACAGCGAAGUGCCGACACAAGAAGCGCCACCAAUACAAGAAACACUCCCGAAAAUAACGCAAGUGGUCAGCCAGAAGAAGGAAAAGAAGAAAUCGCCUUCCAGAAGGUUCGAGUGCGUUCAGUGCGGGCGGGUGUUCCAGCACCGGAACAGCAUGAUGUACCACAUGCUGAUGCACAGCGAGAAGCAGCAGGCCUGCGACGAUUGCGGGAAGAGGUUCUACACGGCGACCACGUUGAAGAUCCACCGUCGCAUGCACGAAGGCGCGAAGCCGUUCUCCUGCGACGUGUGCGGCCAGCACUUCCGCCAGUCCGGGGAUCUGAAGUACCACAAAACUUCCAAGCAUUCGGAUGUCAAGCAGUUCAAGUGCGAGUACUGCGGCAAGGAGUUCGCGCGGCGCUACUCGCUGAACCUGCACCGGCGCAUCCACACGGGCGAGCGCAACUACAAGUGCGACUUCUGCGCCAAGACCUUCCGCGCCGCCUCCUACCGCCAGAUACACAUGCGCGUGCACACCGGAGCAAAGCCAUAUAAGUGUCCACAUUGCGACAAAUGCUUCCGCGUGUCGUACGACAUGCGGCGGCACGUGCGCGUCGUUCACGAGAAGUCUAAACCUGAAGAUGACAAGAAAAACGACAAAAUCAAAAAGGAAUCGAGCCAGGAUAAACCAAAGAAAAUUGUCAAAAAACCACCCAACGUCACUGUACAGGAUAAAAACGGAUUCAAAGUGAGCGAACUCAGUGCUGUGUUUGAUAAGGAUAUAUACUUAGAGAAGGAAUACAACUCGAAGAUUAUUAAGAAAGAAAAGGAUCAAGAAAAGAUCCAGUUCAGAGAUAAUACGGAUGGGAAAAUGCCAGUGUUCUCGCAAGUGGAGAAAACACUAAAUCUAGUGUCGCUAAACGAUAUGAAAGGGUUAGAUAUUGGGAGGGAGAGGGAGCUCCCGGGGGAGGCGAUAGAAAUGUUCGAUAAACUAGCCUUUUAUAACAUACCUGCUGUGUGAUGUAAACCUUAUUUUAAAGACAAUAGAAGCUGUUAUAAAUAAAGUGAAAUUAAAGUGGAUUAAGACAAGUAAAUGGCCAAAUUGUGGAAGUGUGAAAUGAGUGUAUACGCUGUUAGUGAAGACUGGGACAGUUUGUCAGAACAUUUAAUUUUAUACUGGUUAGUGAAUGGGUGUCCGUAUUUUAGUUAGAAAUAUUAGCACAAUGGUAUAUUCGAAGAUGGUUAAUGAAUCAGUGUCCAUGAUACAGUAAAUAUUGGGUCAGUUAAAAGAUGGAACAUACUUGUUCUACAAUAUUUAUCUCCAAUUAAAGAGGAAUGAUUUUCUCCAUCUGAUAUGAACUUUUAUUAGUUAGGUGACAUGUACUAUAUUUAAAGUAUGUCACCUAUAACAAGACCUAGGUCUAAAGACCAAGUUUUUAAUCGUACUUAUACAAAAAGUAUUAACUGCCAAUUAGUUUUUAAUUUUUCACAAUUUUUCUUAAAUUAUUCCCAUAAUCGCCAUACAGGAAAAUCGUUUUCGAAGUUAUAUCUUCGGUGGUCCCACACUAUGUGAUAAACUGAUAUAACAUUAGAAUGAUAAUGUGAAUAUGAUUCGUUCAUACUUAAAAUAAUUUUAUAUAUAUUUUUUUUUUAAUUAUUUUUUGAAGAAUCGAUUUGGCUGACUUAUUUUUAGUAAAAAGGUAAUUUCUUAGGACUGUUCCUACUAAUUUACUCAAAGAGUGAUUUUGUGACUUGUUUUGUUUAAAUGAAGAAUCUUAUAAAUAAAAAAAAGGCUUCUAAUAUAUAUUCAAAUAAUUCCGGUAUUUGAAAGAAUUAGAAAAUGGCGCCGGUACUUUUCUAUAGCCAAAUUAUAGAAAUCUGAGAGAAAUGUUUAUAUUAGUUUCAAUAAUAAAAUAUAAAUGUCUAUGGGUAAUUGCUUCCGUAUGUAUUAAAUUUUUAUUAAACCUUCGAUCAUAAACAGCAUUUAAUUUUGUUAAUUUAAACGAACACAGGGACAUACAUACAAAUUCUUAAAUGAAUCUUUUAACAGUCCGUUUGCAUUGGAGGUAAAAAUAUAACAAAAUAGCUGAAUCAAAUUUUAUUUUUUACUUAAUUUUCUGCCAUUUUAUUAUAGUAAAUGCAUUAUUCUUGGCUAUAUUAACAUAUCAGAUUUAAAUAUCCUAUACAUUGUUAAAAACUGCAUCAAAAUCAGUCUAAUAAAGAUAAUAAAAUAGAACGUUCAUAAUAUUUAGAUUUACGUAUACAAAUAUGAUUCCUAGUUAUAAUAAUUUGUAUAUACAAGGAUGAUAUAUGUAAAUAAUAUUUAGUUUUAUUGAAUGUUACGAUGUGCGGACAAAAUCUUGUUUCAACCCAAUAGUAUUGGGUUUGUUGGACUGAUUAUUAAACUAUUUAACGGUAAAUAUUUAAU